GCGCGGGCACUGAGCUCGCGGAGCCUCGGCGGGGGCGGGGGCGGGACACAGCUAGAAAGGAUCUCUGGCCGCUUUCCAGGUCGGCGCACUAAUACGGGCGAUGAGGCUUCGAGGCUCCAGCCUGACUGACGCCGGUCGGGGCUGCUGGGGCUGCUGGGGCUGCUGCCGCCGCUGCCGCCGCCGCCGCCGCCGCCGCCGCCGCUGCCUCUGCAGCCGCUGCCCUGCCGCUGUCUGUUUUUCUGCUGCCGCCGCCGCCGCCAGGCAGCCCGUCCUCACGCCUAGGGGCAGGCGGAUCAACACUUUCAGAUUAUUGGGAGAAAUACGUCCUUCCCAACUGGAAUCUGUCACAACUACUCCUAGAAACAAGGAAGCAGCUGUAUAUAUGGACAACUCGAAUGACACUUUCUUUGACUUUUAGUCAGAGAAGAGAAUUUUUUAUUUCUGCUUGGAUCUACCAUCCUCUGCCUGCCUCUUAUGCACUCCAGCACCCCUAUCAGCUCUCUGUUCUCCUUCACUAGCCCAGCAGUAAAAAGGCUGCUUGGCUGGAAGCAAGGAGAUGAAGAGGAAAAGUGGGCAGAGAAGGCCGUUGACUCUCUGGUGAAGAAGCUGAAGAAGAAGAAAGGAGCCAUGGAAGAGCUGGAGAGGGCUUUGAGCUGCCCAGGCCAGCCGAGUAAAUGUGUCACCAUACCUCGAUCCCUGGAUGGAAGGCUGCAGGUGUCCCAUCGCAAGGGUCUGCCUCACGUGAUUUACUGCAGGGUGUGGCGCUGGCCAGAUCUACAGUCCCACCAUGAAUUAAAACCACUAGAGUGCUGUGAAUUCCCAUUCGGAUCAAAGCAGAAAGAAGUUUGCAUUAACCCGUAUCACUACCGCCGAGUGGAGACACCAGUGCUUCCUCCUGUGCUUGUACCAAGACAUAGCGAGUUUAAUCCCCAGCUCAGCCUCCUGGCAAAGUUUCGGAACGCUUCCCUCCACAGUGAGCCCCUGAUGCCACAUAAUGCUACUUAUCCUGAGUCUUUUCAGCAGCCCACAGGCUCUACCUACUCAUCGUCACCCAGCCACAUGUUCUUGCCAUCUCCCAGCACCGUAAGCUACUCUCAUUCCCCAGGAAGUUCAUCUGGCCCAGGGAGUCCAUAUCAACUCACAGUUGAUACACCACCCCCACCUUAUCAUGCCACAGAAACACCAGGGAGCCACAAUGGACGACCUCUAGAUGCCACAGCUGACAGCCAUUUAGUGCUAUCAUUGCCUAAUGGAGACUUUCGACCCGUUUGUUAUGAAGAGCCUCAGCACUGGUGUUCUGUUGCCUACUAUGAACUCAACAACCGAGUUGGGGAAACUUUUCAGGCUUCUUCUAGAAGUGUCCUCAUAGAUGGAUUUACAGAUCCUUCAAAUAACAGAAACAGGUUUUGUCUUGGACUUCUUUCAAAUGUUAACAGAAAUUCAACAAUAGAAAAUACUCGAAGACAUAUAGGAAAGGGUGUUCACCUGUAUUAUGUUGGGGGAGAAGUUUAUGCUGAAUGUGUAAGUGAUAGCAGCAUUUUUGUACAGAGCCGUAACUGCAACUAUCAGCAUGGCUUUCACCCAGCCACUGUAUGCAAGAUCCCCAGUGGCUGCAGCCUCAAGAUUUUCAACAAUCAACUCUUUGCCCAGCUGCUUGCACAAUCAGUUAACCAUGGUUUUGAAGUAGUCUAUGAGCUGACCAAGAUGUGCACUAUUCGAAUGAGCUUUGUCAAGGGCUGGGGAGCUGAAUACCACCGUCAGGAUGUCACCAGCACCCCUUGCUGGAUUGAGAUUCAUCUUCAUGGACCAUUGCAGUGGCUGGACAAAGUUCUGACGCAGAUGGGUUCACCACAUAACCCAAUUUCUUCAGUAUCUUAACAGUGAUCUCUAAAGCUACCCUUCUAAUAGAAUAGAUGCUAUUGCAGGCAGUGGUUUAUAUCAUUUCAUAUUUGCAACUAACUGAAGUCUCUAAAUAUAUAUGUAAAUACAAAUGGUAUACUAUCAAUAUUUUUUUUUCACAAUCUGUUUUGUGCUUUCAAGUUAGAAGGAUCCCGAUACAAUGAAAUUAGAAAGUCAGAUUUAUUGUGUCUGUGCUAUGUUAAGAAGCAGCUUUUGUCAGAGGAAAAAUAAGGGACAUUAUGUCAAUAGCUGUUGUACGAUAUUGCUAGAAUAAGAAAAUCAGCUGCUGUCUGUCACAUUAUUAUAAGACACUGGAAGUAUUCUGGGUCAGUGGAAUAUUUUAAAUUGUUUAUACAGAAAAUAUAUGGUACUAACAGCAUCCAGGCAAAUAACAUUUUCAAACAAAACAAAAAACCCAAGUCCACAUAUUUUAAAAUGAUUCCAUUAUUAGUGCUAUUGGCAAGAACAAAUCAAGCACAUAAAAUGGAUUUUACAAGAUGUCACACAGACAUCUUUUGUUUCUGAAAUAGAACUAUCUAAUUACUAGGUUAUUCUGCUGAUAUUAAUGGUACAUUGUAAAAAGAAUUUAAGUUGUGAUGGGAAAAAGAGACAGGAACUGUAAAGUUUAGAGUUAUAUUCUAUUGUAGUCCAUCUUGGUAAUACUUCUUCUCUAAGAAGACACUUCUAAAAGAGGAAAUGGACAGAAAAGUCAGUUGCUAAGAACUUGGUAUGGCUUGGAUAAUAGUCAUAAUAACUCAUUUAUAUAGCACUUUAUAACACUUACAAGGUACUUUUCUCACAAUAACACUGUGUGGAGUUAGCAAAAGUGUGCCCAUUUUACAGGUGAGGAACAAAGACUCAGAAAGAAGUGAUUUGUUGAAGGUUAUGCUCACAAGUUAAUAGAUCAGAGGGGAGUGUGGCUCUAGCAUCCAUCUUCCAUCUGGGAAAUCUCUCUGUGUUUGUAUGUAUUUGUGCCAGAUCCUCUUUAUCUAUUUUGCCACUGGGAGUGAAUAACAAUUGUCAUGGGAGGAGGGAUAGCAUAGCAAAGCCCAGAAGAAGAUCUGUCCUUCUAUUGCCAAGUUCAGUCUCCAAGAGGCCAGUCCUUUUGUCCUGAUCUAUUCUUUUAAAAACUGUACAUUACAGAAAGCUCUCACUUUCUAGUUAUAAAAAUAGAUUAUUUAAAUUUUAAUGCACAUUAGGACAAAGAGCACCCACCAAGCACUGCACAUUUUGGAAAUAUUUUUCACAAAUGCUAACAAAUUGUCUUAUUUCAGAACCGCAGAACUCAUCUAGUUGAAUUUUCUCAUUCCAUAUGAAGAGUCAUAAAAGUCGUUGCCCAAGGUUAAAUGGCCAGUAGGUAAGAGAACUAGUAUUUGAACCUAGAUCUCCUGACUUUAAGUUUAGUAAUCUUCUCACCACAAUAUAAUGUCUCCACUGAUAAUAUGUUGUAACCAAAGACCAUAUCAUUCAGUUGAUGACCUACUUAUGUUAUGUCUUCCCCCAUGUCCCAUCACUCCCCCAAUUGUUCCCUUAUCUAAUAAUAAUAAUAGAUGACAUCCUAUGACUCUUCAGAUUUACAAAAUGCUAUGUGUAUUAUCUCAAUUUUAUUCUUAGCCCUGUAAAGUACUUAUGAAGGACUUAUUUAUUGUUUCCAUUUUAUAGAUGAGGAAACUGAGACUCAACAAAAUUAAAUGACCAGGUCAAGAUCAUGAAACUAGUAUGUGGCAGAAUCAGGGUUUGAACCCAAGUAUUUCCUGGCUCCAAGACCCUUUCAACUUAUGUUGCUUGGACAUCACCUUUUCAAGGAGCUAAUUAACAGAUAAUAGGCAGGCAGAAAAUGCCUAUAAGGAUAGAACGAUAGUUACUGCGAAAGAAAAUUCUCCAGCCAACAGGCUGUUUUAUUUGAACUGUUUCCAACAAUCAUGCAUAGGGGUGUUAAGUGCCAAUAAAUCAAGGCAUCAUAGCCCUUUUUGUGUGCAAUGGACCCUAAUGGCAUUCUGGUAAAGAAAGCCUAAGGCUUCUUUCUCAGGAUAUAUUUUAACAUACAUAUAAUAAAAUAUACAGGAUUACAAAGGAAACCAAUUAUGUUAAUAUAUUAAAUAUUUUUUAAAAAUUCUUAGACAUCAGUUUGAGCUCUUAUAGUAAAUGAUAUUAAAACUAACUCAUAUGCAGUCUAUAUGUAUAUACAUAUACAUCCACUUAUCUAUGCAGUAAACAUCAUUUAAUAUAGAUGUUAUUUGAAUUCUUCUGCAUCAAUUAAAUCUUUUUACAUUGAAACUAGACUUCUAUUUACUGUUUAGUCAGAUGAUGAAAAAUAUGUUUGAAAAGUAAUCUUCCUAUUUUAAAACUCCAAAACAAUCCUUUUAUUUAAAAAAAAUACCACAAUAUUCAAUUCCCCAGCCUUCAUUUUUAUAUUGUGGGGGAAUUACAUUUCUGAUAUUUUAGAAUUCUACUAAAUAAGUGUCAUGCCACUCAUAUAAAUUACCUUAAACAGAUGAGUCAAUAAAUUUGUUCUAUAAGAAGCAGAGCAAUUAACUUGAACUGACUACUCAAAACUGUAUUUUAAAAUAUUUUGGCUUUCAUGUAGUUACCUAGUACAUAGUGUACACUAACAUAGCACUUUCCAGCUUAAAAAGCAUUUUUCUCACUGUUAUUCAAAGAGGCAGGUAAUAUGAAUUAUUUCUACUCCCUCUGCACUAGAUAGUGCAAUGGAUAGAGCACUAAGUCUGAAGUCAGGAAGAUCUGAGUUCAGUAUGGUUUCAGAAAACUUGCUUAGCUGUGUUCUCCUGGGCAAGUCACUUAACUCUGUCAGUUUCCUCACCUGUAAAAUGAGCUGGAGACAAAAAUGGCAGUAUUUUUGCCAAGAAAACCCCAAAUGAACUCAUUGAAGAGUAAGAUAUUUAGUAAUAACUAAAGAAACUGAGGUUCAGAAUGGUUAAAUAAUUUUUUUAAGAUCUCACAGCUGUUAUGGUGUAGCGUUAAGACUUGAACUGAAGACUUUUGUGUCUGAAAUUCAGUGUUCUUUUUCAUGUCAUUUUUAGAAACUUGCAUCACAAAAAUAUCUGUGAAAUUGGACCUUGAGUGAGGCAAUAUGGAAAGCUAUAGUGGAAAGAACACUAUAUUUGGAACCAAAGGCUCUAGUUUCAAAUCUCAGUUCUGCUGCUUUGUUUUUGUGUAUUUUUACUUUUUGGUAUCUGAUCUUAGUUUUCUCAUCUAUAAAGGGGGGUGGGGGAAGAGUUGGUCCAUUCCAGCUCUAAAUCCUGUAACUUCUGUAACAAAGAAAUGAGAUUACCAAAUUGGUUUCUCAAGGGAUUGAAAUUCCAUCUAGUCACUUCUGGACAUCAAUGGGUAGAUGAGAAAUACAGAAGAUUUAAUAAUUUUUGCUGCCCAAUAAUUAUAAAGCAGUAUUUAAUAUAUGACCCCAAAUAAAAUUCAGAAUGACAUCCUUUCAAUUCAGGCUGCUCCAAAAAGGUAAUAAAUUACUCUUAGAAGGGUCCUACCAAAGGUAGGUUUUUGUAAAUUGCCAUUUUAAACAUUUAUAUGAACCAGUUAAUUCAAAGUAAGUUUUAGGUUGCCAUGGAAAAACAACAUAUACCAAGAAAGAAUAAUGGUUAUGUUGACCUGCUCAUGGCACCCAGAGUGUUUAUCCAUGGUAUAAGUCAGUUAUUUUCCUAUUAAGUUGGGAUCAAGUAUUGUUUGAGGUAGGGGAUAGUUUAAUAGUUGCCAGUGCUUUGGAACUAUUAAAGUGCCACUUUUAAACACAAUUGCUUUCAGCUUUUAUGCUUACUGUAAAUCACAGAAAAUCUGUUAAGCAAGAAUGUAGAAUUCCUUGUAUUUUUAGCAUCUUUAAAAAAACUGGUUGUUCCCAUAGCCAAAAAAAAAAAAAAAAAAAAAAUUAGGUGAAAAUAUGCAAUAGUCCUUAUUGGCCCUUUCAUUUCAGCCAGUGUUGCUGGCAUUCCUGCUUUAUUGGGAUUAUAUCUCUAGAAUUUACUACGUGUAUACUGGUUGAACUAGAAACUAUCCAUUAUGCCAAACUCAUCUUUCCUAAUAAUAUUCAAACAGUUAAACUUAAUGACAAGAGGAGGUGAUCCUGUCCAAUGUUGUAUAAGUUAAAAUUCAUGCCAAAAUCUAAAAAGUUGUUUCCAUUUAGGUAUAUACUAGAACGUUUGGCUGUAGCGCCAAGUGUUGUUAGCCUUCUAAAUGCAUAUAUGAUCUGUUGAUCUGAUAGUUUAUGAAUAAAGAAUAUUGUACCUCUA